AUGUCUGAAGAAUGGGGUCGGUUCCACGAGUGGAUGAAAUGCGUCGGCGUGGUCACCUUUGACCUGGAACUUGGGCAAAAGCUUGAGUACUGUUUUCCUCCAGAUGUCAAGCUCGGGGAGAAGGAGACUUCUGAUGUCUGCUACAUGGCGUUUCCAGACUCAAACUCGAGCAGCGAGCCGGAGAUUGAUGAAAGCAAAGAAACAAAUCCAACCGUGUUAAAAAUCCACAAGCGUUUACGCAACGAGUCCGAGCGUUACCUCGAGCCAGAAACUCGUCAUUUCUCCGGCAUUGCCUUUUUCCGCCAAGUACGCGAUGCAAGCAUCCACCGUGGCUUUUAUCAAAAAGCAGUUAUCAUCCUAUCUCAAUUACCAUUCCACAACUUGUUCCGACACAUUAUCGAUCUCACCGCGCCCGAGUUCUUUUCCAAAGGAGAAGCGGCACUAGAAUCUAUGGCGGCUGCGGUUAAUAGAUGGCCCAGUCCCAUCGCGGGUGAAACGAUGGAGUUGCCCUUUUUAGGAAGUGUUCUGCGAGUCAGAUUGCCAGCGUACGGAGAGGCGCAAACUGUUCGCUCCGUCGAGUCCAAUCAACUCCUUCCGACAAUGGCUCCAAGCCGCGGAACAACUCUUAUUCCUCAAAUAUCCGAUCUCGAUCUCUACCGUCCUCUCUACACCGCCUUCUAUCAUCUUGGUGUUCUUUGGGAGCUAACUCUUCUUGGUGAGCCACUUCUGGUCGUCUCUGCGACGCCUGAGCAGUGCUCUCAAGCUGUUCUAGGGCUUACCUCACUCAUAAGGCCGUUUCAUUACUGUAACGAAAUGCGGCCUUACUUUACUAUCCACGACUCUGACUUCAAAGAUCUGACGCAGCCAUUCACCAAUAAUUCCGACAGUUCAACCGAUCAAAAUAAACGGCGCCAAGGGCUUAUGCUUGGCGUCACGAAUCCAUUUUUCUGCAAAACUCUUACCAAGUGGCCACACGUUUUGAAAUGCGGUGGUUUGAACGACAAGAUGUCCAAGAAGACUAAAUCUCUGGACAAGAUCAAAACGCUCGAACUCAAUCCUGGCUUCUUUUCAAAACAUACUGGCUAUUUGGACAAGGACAAGGCCAGCAUAGAAAAAGUCGUGAAGAAUGUUUUAAGUAACACCAGAAGGCCACCUGAAGUUGCUUCUGCAAUGAUCAGAAGAUAUUUCGCAACGCUGACGAGAAGCUUUGAGUUUCCCCUGGAAAGAUACAUCUCCUCGCUUAUGCCAUUGAAAAAGCAAAUCGACCCUUUUAAACCUCCUCCUCCGCCUCAUCCUUUCGAAGUGAAAACAUUUCUACAAAGCUUGAGUCGAUCGGGACCCCAAUUGACAUCGUCAAUAACUGGCGACUGGACAUCACUGUAUCGGGAGUUUUUCAGAAGACCGAAUUUCUUCGGAUGGUUGGAGCGAAAGAAAAUUGAAAUGAGAGACAAGAUAUUGGAAUUACACGCAGAAGCAACGUCUGAAGCAGACGUUCUCGGCUGGGCAGAGGACAAGACUGAAGUUGAAAUAAUGGAUUUACUCUUACAAAUGAAGCAGAAAGUCAAAGAUCUGGAACAGCUUAAGCUUUUUAGAUUGAAAAAUGGUGUUAUCUUGCAAAUGGAACAUUUAAAAGAUUGUUUACCUUACGACACGCAGAAAAUUUUUCAAAUGCCGCAGCCUACAACAUUGUGA